UUUUCUGAGUCUAAGGAAGCGCCUUGAGGACAAAUAUAUGGGAGAGUCCAUGAGGAAAGUAGUAGCACAAAAGGACUAAUGUUUUGUUCUCAUAUUUCCGGGGUCUCCUCGCGGAAUUCAGUGAAGUGGAGGAAUUCCUAAAGUUUCCCCGGUUUCGUUUUUAGUCAACUUAAUCUUCAAAGUCAACAAAGCCUUGACGAUCUCGGGCUAAAACCUAGCACCCAGUCUCAGUUUCCAACAGGGGUAGAGAUGACGAAAAAACCGUCACUUAAUAAGCACUUGCUGCGGUAGCCCACAGAGAAAACUACUCCCAGGAAGUGAUUUCCGGGUGGAGGUGGGAGGGGUGGCUAAUUUCCGGUCUGAGGGCCGGCGACCGCUCUUGCGCAAGCGCGGUUCACAUUUUCCUGGCUUUUCCCCCCCCCUCCCCCUACCUUCCCCAGCCUGAGGGGUCUUGAGGUGACAGCGACUGCGAUUCCAGCAGGAGGAGGAGAAGAUGGACAAGGGGAAGGCCGGGCGACGGCGAUCUUCAUCCGUAGGUCCAGGUGAUGGCUGCAUAUUAUGCAGUGUCUGAUGAACCAUAAUUGAAGUUCAAAACCAGAAUCUACAAUUAAUCAUGAAAUUGUCACAGAAGGGAAAAGGAAAAAGCCUUCAUCUUUGGAGUUACAUAAGAUAAAAAAGAUGUUAAAUGCAAAACCAGAGGAUGUUUGUGUUAAGUCACCAUUGUCCAAACUCAGAAGCUCAGAACGCUGGGAUCUUUCUUUGCAGGGGUGGAAAAGGAGCCUAAGAAAUAAGGUCCUCUCUGUAGACCAUAAAAGUAAAAAAGGUGUACGUGGGCGUCCUGUCACUUCUAAGACAUCACCAGAAAGGCAACUCAAAGUUGUGUUGACGAAUGUCCUAUGGACGGAUUUAGGACGAAAAUUCAGAAAGACCCUACCUAAAAAUGAUGCUAAUUUAUGUGAUGCCAACAAGGUGCAAUCAGACUCAUUGCCUUCGACAUCUGUUGACAGCCUAGAGACAUGUCAAAAAUUAGAACCUCUUCACCAAAGCCUUAAUUUAUCUGAAAGGAUACCCAGAGUUAUAUUGACGAAUGUCCUGGGAACGGAGUUAGGAAGAAAAUACAUAAAGACCUCACCUGUAACUGAGGCCAGUUUGGGUGAUACAGACAACUUGCAAUCAGAGCAGCUUUCUUCAUCAUCUGAUGGCAGCCUAGAAUCUUGUCAAAAUCUAAAUCCUCACAAGAGCUCCUUUUUAUCUGAAAGGAGUUCACAACCAAGUCAGACAGACAAUAAUUAUGCAAAGCAGGCUGCACACACUAAAGAAAAGCGAAGAGAUGAUGAUAGCAUUUCUCUUGUAAUGUCUGAUACUCAACCUAAAGACCUCAAUAGGGGAAGUAGAGGUUGUGAUCAUCUUGAAGAGGGGAGCAGAAACAAGGAUAAUACAUAUUCUGAUUCAAAAAUGGAACCCACUCUGAUUUCUAGGAAGAGAAAACAAAGGCUUAGAAGUAAUUUACCUGGUUCUCUUAAUCCCACUUCUUUGUAUAAGUCAGCAGAACAGACAAAAGAACAAGAAAAUGACCCAACAGUAUCCACUGAGUUGGAAAAGUCAAGUGAAAACUAUCAGGAGGAUCCAAAACUGCUUGAAGAAAUUAUGCUUGAACCCAUAGAAAGUGAUUUUACUAAACUAUCCUCACUUUGUAGUCAGGAGUUGGCUUUGAGUGCUGCUCCCCAAAUCACCUCUGAAUGUUCAACCACUAAAACUUUUGAGAGCUCUAUUUCUACUGAUACUGUGGGGAAUUGUCCUGUGGUCGAGAAGGAUGAGAAUGAAUUGAACACAAUAGAAAAACCUGUUUUAAGUGAACAUAGUGAAGGGAACCAAUCAUUUAUCUCUGCUGAACCAAUUGUUGUUUCCAGUGAUGAAGAAGGACCCGUUGAACAUAAAAGUUCAGAAAUUCUUAAAUUACAACCUAAGCAAGAUCAUGCCAUCUCUAAUGAAAGUGAGAGUACUUCUGAGCAAGCAGUGUCAGAACUACCACUGAUUACAUGUGAAUCUGUACGGGCUUCAUCUGAAUUAUGUCCAUAUAAUCCUGUCAUGGAAAACAUUUCCUGUGUUAUACCUAGUAAUGAGAUGGAUCUACAACUGGAUUUUAUAUUUACUUCUGUUUAUAUUGGUAAAGUAAAAGGAACUUCUAAAGGUUGUGUUACAUUCACGACAAAGUAUAUUAAGAUCCCAUUUCAAGUGUCCCUGCAUGAGAUUUCAUUGCUAGUGGAUACUACACAUUUAAAGCGGUUUGGGUUAUGGAAAAAUAAAGAUGAUGAUCACAGUAAAAGAAGUCAUGCUAUCCUCUUUCUUUGGGUCUCCUCAAAUUAUCUUCAAGAGAUUCAGACCCAAUUAGAAAACUCUAUAUUAAGCCAGCAAUCAAAAUCCAUUGAAUUCAUUUUCCUUGAGCUACACAGUUCUAUUUCACAGAGAGAAGAGUUGAAAUUGCAAGACAUUAUGACAGAAAUAAGUACAGCCAAUGGAGAAUUAGAGCUUUCUUAUCCAUUGUCUUGGGUUCAGGCACUUCCUUUAUUUCAGAACCUCUCUUCAAAAGAAAGCUCUUUUAUUCAUUAUUACUGUGCUUCAACUUGUUCUUUCCCUGCUGCUACUGCUGAAGAAAUGAAGAUGAAAUCAAUAUCUCAGCCCUCAAAUACAGAUACAGCCAAGCCUACUUACACCUUACUGCAGAAGCAAAGUAGUGGUUGCUACUCACUUUCUAUUACAUCGAAUCCAGAUGAAGAAUGGCGAGAAGUCAGGCACACUGGACCUGUUCAGAAGUUGAUUGUAUAUCCUCCACCACCUACUAAAGGGGGUUUAGGAGUAACUAAUGAAGAUCUGGAGUGCUUAGAAGAAGGAGAGUUUCUUAAUGAUGUAAUCAUUGAUUUCUACCUUAAGUAUCUUAUAUUGGAGAAGGUGUCAGAUGAACUUGUUGAACGAAGUCACAUUUUUAGUAGCUUUUUCUACAAAUGCUUGACAAGAAAGGAAAAUAAUUUAACAGAAGAUAAUCCAAAUCUUUCAAUGGCCCAGAGAAGACAUAAGAGAGUAAGAACAUGGACUCGUCACAUAAACAUCUUUAAUAAAGAUUACAUCUUUGUGCCUGUAAAUGAGUCGUCUCACUGGUAUCUUGCAGUCAUUUGUUUUCCAUGGUUAGAAGAAGCUGUGUAUGAAGAUUUUCCACAAACUAUAUCCCAGCACUCCCAGGCUCAGCAAUCCCAACAUGACAACAAAACAAUAGAUAAUGAUCUGCAUACUUCUUCAGCACUAUCCUUGGGUACAGAAGAUUCUCAAAGUCCUGAGAUGAAUAUGUCAGUACCAAAGAAAAUGUGUAAAAGGCCGUGCAUUCUCAUACUAGACUCCUUGAAAGCUGCUUCUAUACAAAACACAGUUCAGAAUUUACGAGAGUAUUUAGAGGUAGAGUGGGAAGUUAAACGAAAAACUCAUCGUGAAUUCAGCAAAACAAACAUGGUGGACCUAUGCCCUAAAGUUCCUAAACAAGAUAAUAGCAGUGAUUGUGGAGUAUAUUUACUGCAAUAUGUGGAAAGCUUCUUUAAGGAUCCUAUUGUUAACUUUGAACUUCCAAUUCAUUUGGAGAAAUGGUUUCCUCGUCAUGUAAUAAAGACCAAACGGGAAGAUAUUCGAGAGCUCAUUUUGAAACUUCAUUUACAGCAACAGAAGGGCAGCAGUAGCUAGUUAAUCUGUACAAACAUGACACAGAUGUUCUAUACGAUUACUGGAAAGCUGCUUAUCAGCAUUUGUGUUAGCCAGCUCACAGAGAAGAAAAUAACUUGCAGUAGUUUUAUAAGUCACUGUACAUUAUUUAAAAUAUAUAAGAUAUAAUAUUAGAAUUGUUAGGAUCUCAUAGAUGGAGUGGAAAUGGGGGUGAUAUAGAUAAAGUCAUUAGAUAGAAAUUAAAAUUUCAUAAAUAUUUGAUAUUUUUCUGAUUAAAUAUGCUUGGAUUAUGCAAUAGCAUAUGUAAUGUGGGAAUGUUUUUAUAGAUAAUAAAACUAUGUGAUCUGUACUUCCACAUAACUGGGAGUUGAAGGGAGUUAGGUCCUCCCUGGUGCCAGCCCCAGUGCUUGUCAAAUUCAUUGACAAGUCACAUUAUAUUGUAAUUCUAUUCUUUGCAGCUCAAGCAUGCAAUAUGAAUACUGUGUAUUUUUUUUUUUUUAAAGAAUUUAGUAUCAAGGCUUCAGAAAAUGCCAUUUACGGCAUCCCUUCUGUAUAGUGUGAGAGAAGACAUAAUGUUAGGAAGGUGAUAAAAAUUCACUCUUUCAAUGCGCAGCUUAUUUUUCUCAGUUGCUAAGUGAAACCAUUACUCUAUUCUAAUUGUUGUUUGUUUUCCAUUUCUUUUGAUGUCAUGUGUGGGGAUCUGAGAAUUUAGUUCAUUCAUUCAGAGUGAAAUUUGGAAGAAAAAUUUAGCUAUCCAAAAUAGGUUUUUAAAAAUUGUAUAUGUAGCUCAACUGAGUUUAUUUGAGGUAUAGCUAUAUAAAUAUUGACUUCUAUCCUUUUCUUACAUCCCAGAAUAUAUGUACACAGUUUCUGUAAGUAUAGAAGAUAAAAUUGGUGACUUCAUAACUUUAAUUUAAAAAAUAUCCUCAAAGUCUUCUAUAUUAAUUGUUAGGACUAAAUACAUAAUUUUAUAGCUGUUUACCCAGUAUUCAUCUGCAAAAGCCAGAUUGCUCUCAUUGCUUUUGUAUUUUUAAAUUGUAAUUUUUAAGGACCUGUGAUCCCCAUGGAGCAUAAGUUUUUAUGAAAUGUUCAGGUAACAGUUCUGAAUUGAUGUGAUGAUGGUGGUAUUACAUAUGAUUAAACACUUCAUAACCUUCUAAUGUUAUCAGGAAUAUUUUGAGGGGAUGAUUAUAUUGUAUUUUCUCAGAUAAGAAAAAUGUUUUUUAAUCUUCUGUUUUAAACAUCUCUUAGAUUUACAUUGUUACUGUAUAUAAAGCAGUGAAGCAAAGGCAAUUUAAGAUGAAGCUAAAAGUCAGAACAUUUUAUUUCAAAAUCCUGUGAAUUGAGGUUGUCAGUUAAGCCUUAGUGUCCUUAAGUUUCUGUUAAUCUUGCCAUCAUCUUUAUAUUGUUAAAGAUAUUUGUCCUUUGGAGAUUUCCUAUAAAGAUGGUUAUAAUAACAUGUUUCAUUCCCAAUUUCUGUGUGGGGGGAGGGGAUUUUUUAGAUGACUUAAUUAUUUUGUAUAUCUAAUUUUGGGAAAGCAAGUAUCUAAUACAUCUCCUUGUGACUUCUUAACUUUUUUGUUUGUAUGUUUUUCAAAGACACCACUGUUCUUUAUCAUGUUUUGAAGAUUGUUUAAAAUUCGUUUUCCUAAAUUCAUAUGGAAAUAGUGCUUUGAGAAUAUCAACAUUUUAUAUUAAACAUGUUUCCAAUUCA